AUGCCGAUGGGGGAACAACCGAGCUGGAAUCCGGCGAGGAUCUUCGAAAAUUGGAAUGCGUCAUUUGGCAACCCGCAGGCGCAACAGCCUAGCCCCAACUCCGGCGGCAUGAAUGCAGCAUCGAUGAAGUCUUCGUCCUCGAGCCCUCCCGAUAUGUCAAGCUAUUCGAGCCUUCCGGCCGAUCCUCUGACAUCAGGAGCGCAAGCGAUGCCUGCACAACAAUUUACAGCAGCGCCCAUGCCAAACUUCAUCACACCAGCCAUGUGGCAAGAGUCGGUCGCCAGUGUCUAUGAGGUUGGCCUCAAACGCGCUUGGGACUAUGACGGCGGACCGAUGAAACGACACUAG